UCAAUAUCGCUCGUCCGCGAUACCGGUUUAACGCAUGCCACUGUGCAAGCAUUACAGAACGUGGCGUCGAGUCCAUGAAAGUGGGCGGCGUAUCAAACGAAAGCAAAAUUGUCGAAGAUGUUGCGAUCAUACCACAUGAUCACCGUUAUGUUACUAUACUUAGUCCGGACCGUUUUCGCGGACAAUUGUUCCAUUUUAUCGUACCAAUGUGGCACACAUUUCACAUGUCCGAGCAUCUUUGAACGUAACAAUAUUUGUCCAUUCAGCAGAAUGCCGGAACAACUGGAGGAGAUCAAAGGCAAGCUUGCCACUUUCGGCAUGGGCUGCUUCUGGGCAGGGGAUUCUCUCUUUGGAGUACUGCCAGGUGUCAUCAGAACCUGUGUCGGCUACGCCGGUGGAACUAAGGAGUCUCCAGCAUAUAAGAACAUGGGAGAUCAUACUGAAGUCAUUAACAUUGAAUAUGAUCCAGAGCUAAUAUCUUACACACAUUUACUGAGCUUGUUUUGGAACAAUCAUGAAUAUAGUCUAACAAAGAAGAUUAAAAGACAGUACAUGUCCCUUAUCUUGUAUCACGACGAAGAACAAAAAUUACAAGCUGAAAAAUCUCGCGAGCAGGAACAAAGAAAGUGCGGGGAAGUCUUUGUCACAGAAAUUCAGAAAUUUUCUAAGUUUUAUCCAGCCGAAGAUUACCAUCAGAAAUAUAGACUGCAGAAUCAUCCAUGGCUGGUUGAGACAAUAGGCUUCACACCAGAAAUCUUGUGUGCGUCUCCACUAGCAGCCAAGUUGAACGGCUACAUCGCAGGAGCUGGUACCCUCGAACAAUUUGAAAGAGAGUUACCGAACUUAGAAUUAAACGAGAAAUCGGUACAAUAUUUAACGAAAUAUAUUCUUGAAAAUCAAGGUAGUGGUUUGUACUGCUAGCAAAUCUAGAACAAUGGGAACAAGGCAAAUAAUAUUUUUUCCACUAAUAGACAUAGAUUGGACAUUUUCGAUUUCUUUGUAAGAAGAAUACGCACAGCCUGAUAUACACACGUACUACAUACAUAUAUUAUAUACAUUAUGUAUUUAUAUAUAUAUAUAUAUAUUA